CAUUGAAUUAACUCUUCUUUACUUUAUUAAACAGCACCUUAAUCUACAAGUAUAAGUAAUGAAUAUCAAUACAAACAUGUGCCUAUAAAUAGGCUUGCAAACGCAUAAGAAACAUAUACAAGAUAACAAAAUGGCAGUAUCAUCAAAUCAUGUGGUUCUCUUCCCUUACAUGUCAAAAGGCCACACAAUCCCUCUCCUCCAGUUCGGCCGUCUAUUACUCCGUCACAGCUGCAAGCAACCAACCACCGUCUCCAUAACCAUCUUCACCACCCCCAAGAACGAACCUUUUGUGUCCGAGUUCCUCUCCGACACACCGGAGAACAAAGUCAUAUCUCUCCCUUUCCCGGAAAAAAUAACCGGAAUCCCUCCCGGAGUCGAGAGCACCGACAAGCUCCCUUCCAUGUCACUCUACGUUCCCUUCACGCGCGCCACGAAGCUUCUCCAACCUUUCUUGGAAGAAUCACUAAAGAAUCUUCCAGAAGUUUCCUUCAUGGUCUCAGAUGGAUUCCUCUGGUGGACAUCGGAGUCCGCAGAUAAGUUCAAGAUUCCAAGAUUGGUCUUCUAUGGCAUGAACUCGUACGCUGUUGCUGUCCCUGUCUCUGCUUUCAAACACAAACUCUUUACCGAACCGGAAACUGAAUCUGAUACUGAACCGGUAACAGUACCAGACUUUCCAUGGAUCCGGAUAAAGAAGUGUGAUAUCAGCCAUGGUUUUCAGUCGGGUGAAGCGGCUGAGCUAAUCAUUGACCAAAGAAUGUCGACUACUACAAGCCAUGGGUUCUUAGUAAAUAGUUUCUACGAGCUUGAGUCAACAUUCGUCGAUUACAACAACAACUCUGGCAGACCAAAGUCGUGGUGUGUUGGACCACUAUGCCUGACAGAUCUUCCUAAACAAGGACGUGCUAAACCGGCUUGGGUUCACUGGCUGGACCGGAAGUUAGAGGAAGGAUGUCCGGUUUUGUACGUGGCGUUUGGAACGCAAGCAGAGAUAUCAAACAAGCAACUCAAUGAAUUAGCUUUUGGCUUGGAAGAUUCCAAGAUAAACUUUUUAUGGGUCACAAGAAAAGACGUGGAAGAGAUUAUUGGAGAGGGGUUCAAAGAUAGAAUAAGAGAUACUGGGAUGAUAGUGACAGAUUGGGUAGACCAGUGGGAGAUACUGUCACAUGAAAGUGUUGAAGGUUUCUUGAGUCAUUGUGGCUGGAACUCAGCACAAGAGAGUAUAUGCGUUGGGGUCCCAUUGUUGGCUUGGCCAAUGAUGGCCGAUCAACCACUCAACGCGAAGAUGGUAGCUGAGGAGGUAAAAGUUGGAGUAAGAGUUGAAACCCAAGACGGGAGUGUGCAAGGAUUCGUGACACGAAAGGAAUUAAGUCAAAAGAUUCGAGAACUAAUGGAAGGAGACGGAAAACUCGCAAGGGAAAAUGUAAAAGAAUAUUCAAAAAUGGCAAAAGAAGCUUUGGUCCAAGGGACUGGUUCCUCUUGGAAGAAUUUAGACUUGCUUCUGGAAACGUUAUGCAAGAGUAGAGAGCCAACCGUAUACUAAUAUCAAUAUGUAAUGUGUAGUAAGAUUGAAGAUUGGCUUUUCAAAAAAAAAAGAUUGAGGAUUGGACAACUUAACCGGAAUUAAACCGGCUAGUAUAUGUCUUUGGUCCAGAUUUAGAACCGUUCGUAUGAUACAAUCAGCGUCCAGUUUAUGUAUUGUUUUAGUUGGAUA